AUGAAGAUUAUAGGUUUAACCGGGGGAAUCUCGUCGGGGAAAUCUACUGUCUCCCGAAUGUUUAUUCGUCGAAAAAUACCGGUGAUUGAUGGAGAUCUAUUAGCACGUCAAGUGGUUGAGCCAGGAAGGCCCGCGUUUAAGCUAAUUGUCAAACACUUUACCCCGGAAAUUUUACAGGAAGAUGGUACAUUAAAUAGAGAAAAGUUAGGUAAUAUAAUAUUCUCGGACGAAAAACAGAGGAAAAUUCUGAACAAAUGCACGCACCCAUUCAUAAGAACAGAAAUUUUAAAGUUAUUAAUAUGGUAUUGGAUAAAGGGUGAGAGGAUAAUAGUGUUAGAUGCUCCCUUGUUGAUUGAAAGUGGCUUAAAUAGAUAUAUACGUACGGUUUUGGUGGUGUACUGUCCCGAAAGGCUUCAGCUAACUCGGUUGGUUGAACGAGACAAAAUCUCGGAGUCAGCAGCUAGACAACGUAUCUCUUCACAAAUGCCACUUAAGGAAAAAGUCAAACACGCCAAUUAUGUCAUCGAUAAUUCAGCGGAUAUUAAAACAACCGAAGAACAGGUCGACAAAAUAGUUGCAAAAAUAAACCCAUCUAUGUGGAGUUAUCUGUUAUGGUGGUUGGGACCUCCCAGUCUGGUGAUCGCUGGGAUUCUGGCUAUUGCGACGUGA